AUGAAGGGGAGGCCGGAGAGUCCUCUCUGCGGCUUUUCUUCUCGCGCUGUUCAGCUGCUGGAGGCAGCAGGGACAGAAGAAUAUACAUUUGUAGACUGCAGCGUGCCUCAGGUGCAGCAGCUGCAGCAGCAACUGCAGCAACUGCAGCAGCAGCUGCAGCAGCAGCAGCAGCAGGAGCAGCAGCAGCAGCAGCAGCCGCAGACACAAGAGAAGCAGCAGCAAGGGGACCAACAGAAAGAGCAAGAGCAGCAGCAGCAGCAGCUGGUGCAGAAGCUGCAGCAGCAGCUGGAGCAGCUGCAGCAGCUGCAGCAGAAGAGGCAGCAGCUUCGUGCUGCUGUUGCGCGUUUGUUUCAUUGGGCAACGCUGCCGCUGCUGGUUGUUAGAGGCAAGCCUAUAGGAGGUGCUGAUAUAAUGCAGCAGCUGCAGCAGCAGCAGCAACUUGCUGCUAUCAUUAGAGGAGAACAGACAAACUAA